CUCUCGCUCUCCACCGUGCGUGGUGGCCGUAGGUGGUAGGUGGUUGCAUGGUUAUCGAAGAAAGGAAGGAGAUCAAGGGAGAAGGAAGAAGGUGUUCCACCGAUUCCGAUCGACGACAUAAUCGAUCUUCUUCACUCAAACAAUCUAUCUCUCUUUAGAUCUCGGCGCCACCAUGAUUAUGUUGAUCUCACGCUCCGGCAGACAAAACCAGAGAUAUGAAAAUGGUCGCCGGCUCAUCGCCGGAUGCAUUCCUUAUAGAUUCAAGGCUGAUCAGAGCAACCAUGACAAGUGCGUUCAGUCGUUAGAAGUUCUUGUCGUCAAGUCACAGAAGAGCGACAGAGUGUUGUUCCCCAAGGGAGGAUGGGAGAAGGAUGAGACAGUAGAAGAUGCUGCUCGGAGAGAAGCAAUGGAAGAAGCAGGAGUGGAGGGACUCGUGGAGACACAGCUUGGUAUAUGGACGUUCAACAGCAAGGGGAGCAAAGGCGGAGAGCGUGUGGCCCAUGUGUUCCCUCUGAAGGUGACUAACCUCCAGGAUCACUGGCCAGAGAAGGAGUUCCGCGAAAGAAGAUGGGUGAGUGUAGAAGAUGCGAGGAAAAGAUGCAAGCACCCAUGGAUGAGCAAAGCACUAGACCAGCUGAUCAUGAGAGAAAGGGAGAGACAUGGCAUGGCGUUUAACUAGAAACAAACAAGACCCGGGUGGGCAUCGGGACAGACUCGACUCGACUCGGCUCGGCUCGGCCGAACCCAGGGAGACCCCUUAUCCUCAUAGAAACCAUUUGGCCUAUGCAAAAGCCCGAGCCCGGCCGAGUCAAGCCUGACCAGUUAUAACCAGAUGUGAGCUCGUAUUCAAGCCGAUCAGUCGGCGCCAGAUGCAAUUCAGCAGCUACCAAAUUCAGGUCAGCAGGUUCUAAUGGUGGAUCAACAAAAACAUUUGGUUCAUCGGUUGAACUUAAGCAUUGACAUGGAUCUAAUUACAUGCUGGUUUUAGGCAGGCCUUGACCAGAUUAUGCAAAAACGAGUUCUUGACCACCUUCAACAAUAAUGUGAAGAAAAACUAUCAUACAACAGGUGGUUAGCGAGUAAGAAGCGAAUGUGAAGAGAAACAAGUUAAAGACCCUGGAUCAAGUCUCAAUCCUACCAAUCUAUAUGUACAUAAGGCUUGGUGGCCCUGGGCUUACCCUAAUCACAAAAGAAAUGUAUGUUCAAGGAUUAGGUGCCCGAACUUGCUUAAAUCCAACUGUAUAUAGAAAAGAAAAGGCAACUUGGGUGACUACAUUCUUUUCUAAUUGUUUUUCUUUCUUGAGUAUUCAUUGUAACGUGUCUAACUUAAGA